AUGUUAACUCGCUCUGAUGAUGUCCGUCAUAUGACGGACGAAAGCUUAGCACUGUUUCACCGGAAUCGAAGGAAAUUGCCUCGCAAACAGCGUCAGCAUGAAUAUUCUAAUAAAGCCAAUCGACAGCUGGUCAAGAGGAAUCCGCCGUCGCCUUCCGGUGGAACCGACCUUCGAAUCUCUUCAUCCAACACUUCUACUCUAAAUGGAAGUAAGCUCAACAAGGACGAAAGCCUGACGUGUUUUCAUUGGAAUCAGAGGAAAUUUUUCGGGAAUAGGUUCCCCAAGAAUAUUCCAGUAAAGUCAAGAGGAAUCCGACAUCCUAUUUUGAUGGGGUCGACAUUCGAAUCUCCAUCUCAUACACUUUCACUCGAAAUGGAAAUGAGCUCAGCAAAGAUCAGAAAAUUGCUUGGGUGGCAAGGCUAA